CCGCCUUCUCUGAAACGCACACUUAUCAACAGGGAAGCAAGUCUCUCUUCAAACUAAUAAUUUAAUACAAGGCCUUUGAGCUUUUUAGACCAGGACUCACUUAGUUUCCCAGCAAGGUUUUUCAGUUGUACGUGUCAACAGUACCUCAGUGUGCUCUCUGUCUGCGGCACCACAGAUUUACUGCUGUCAAACUACAACACGUGGAUUUACACACAGUUACAGUUGGAAACCGGCGUUUCCUCUCAUUGCAAAGCCAUUAAAGUAACAAGAAACUCAGAACAUGGACUACCUACCGGAUGACAACUCCAGGUACAAAGAUGUCGACUACUGGGAUGAAAGAUACAAGAAAGAGCAGUGUUUCGACUGGCUGGGAAGCUUUUCCAACUUCCAGCACCUUCUGGAAAAACACGUACAGAAAGAAGACUCUAUUCUGAUACUUGGUUGUGGAAACAGCAGUAUGAGCGGCGACAUGUACAGCGCUGGCUACCACUCCAUCACCAACAUAGACUACUCCUCUGUGUGCAUCAGUACAAUGAGUGCCAGGCACACUGACUGCCCGGGGAUGACCUGGCAUGAGAUGGACGUGCGCCAGCUGUCCUUCCCUGAUGCGUCCUUCGACGUCAUCCUAGAAAAGGCCACGCUGGACGCCAUCAUGGUGGAAGAGAAGACACCUUGGGUGGUGUCCCCUGAGACCGCCUGUUUCAUCCACCAAGCACUCACAGAGAUUAGCCGCUGCCUGAAGCCUGGAGGGCGGUUCGUCUCUGUAACCUUCGCCCAACCCUUCUUCAGGAAACGACUCUAUGCUCGCACAGAGUACAACUGGUCAAUCAGGAGGUACAGUUACGGAGAUGGCUUUGAAUAUUUUGUGUAUGUGAUGACCAAAGGAGAGGAGCUCAGCCCAGAAGAUGCAGCUCUGGAGAAAAAGCUAUUGGAAGAGACCAAAUCUCCCCCUGCCAGAACCAUCGCAACACAAGAUGAAGAUGAGAAGGACUUCCUGUCUAAUAUUGACUUAUCAUAACUGGAAGUUGCUCGUGUCAACAAACGACCGGCACCCACCACAAGAAAGAGCCCAAAACAAAGUUCACAUAAGCACAAAGAAAAAAAGUUUUAUGAGUGUGUGGAAAACUAGGGUAAACUUCAGCAGGGCAUUCGAUUCAUGGAGGGACCUACGUUUGGUUUUAGGGGUCAAAAUGUUAGUCAGACAAUAGCAGUUUAAGUCUACUUACCUUAUCUAUCAACAUGAUGUCGGUUAAUCAAUUUUUACAUAACUAUUUUUGCUGAUGCCCAGGACGCUCGCUUGCAGCCAUAGAGUUCAUUUGGAUGCUGACUGUAGUUCACUUAACAGCCACCGGUGUCACUGAUGAGAAGGAUUUUCUGAAAAUUUAACGUAGUACCUUUAAUACAAGUGUCCAGUUCCACACUGCAACACCCAGGUACACAGUGGACUGUUUUUUCCAUUCAGUAAGGUUGAAUGCAUGUCUUGAACUCAAAAUAGCAAGUUUCUUUACAGAAGAACAUGAAUUGAGACACAAGGCAAUUGUUUUUUACAAUGAGUCAACCAAUCAAACUGACCUUUGCCCUUCCUACAUCACUUACCUCUUAAUGUUACUACAAAGACAGAAAAGUUAACUUCCAGAAUACAGAACAACAUCGACUGAACACAUGAAACAAUGCAGAAUAAAUCAUUCAUUUGAAGUCUCCUCUCAAAUGUGGCAGUUGAUCGUAAAAUAAACCUUAUUUCUUUAUGUUUUUAUAUGAUUGCAUUGUUUCGAUUGCCAUGUAGUGAUUUGUAGUCAACUAUGACUCAUCAUGUUUCCAUCUAUGCCAUCACUUUCGGAAGCAGCUUCUGUUCUGGUGAACUUCAUUACCGAAACUUUUAUCUUUUUUAUAAACUAGUUUCACAUCCCGGUUCCCUUAACUGUCCUCUCUGUCUUUAAAGAUUCAACAGUCUCUGAGUCUGUGGUGCAGCACAAGCCUGCCAGAGUUACACAAUUUGCAAGACAAACUGGCAUGUCUAGACACCGUACAUAACAGCAGCACUGGCCUGCAUGUAAAGUCAGUGUUAAAGUCUAUUAAUAUGUCAGUCAGAGUCUCCCCUUCUGUUGGGGUUGUCUGUAGCUGUCCCUCGUCUGCUUUAGAUUCAAGACAAAAACUGCUAAUAGAGGCACACAGUGUUUGACACACAAGUCAAGCACGCCGGCGCUGCGUGCGGGCACACAUGUACACACGUAAUAGCCCACCCUGCGUGUUAUUUGUUGAGGAAACAUGAGAUGGGUCUCAGGUCCUGUGCUCUCUGCUGCUUAAUUUUAGACCUGAAAGGGGGAGAGAGAGUCGAGCAUGCAGACAGGCAGGAAGGCUGGUGACUGGAGGGGGGGACCACAUUGAUAAAGUAGAAAUCAUUUAUUUUUAAUUCUCCACUGAGAUCUAAUUACCGCCUAUUUUUAAGACUUGAAAAAAAAAGGUGUGUGAUUUUUCAGAUGGCUCUUUCAUUGCAUGAUUUUCUGCUGGUGCAAUGUGGUGGUUUGUUUAAUUUUAACUUUGAUGUCGACAAAACAGUCUUCACAAGCCUGUUGAGUAGCUGUUAUGGAGCUUUUGAUCGUGUCACAUGAACCUCCUCAGCAGGUGGCUUUAGCCUGUUGUCUGUGAAUCAAUUUUGGCUAAACCCCGUCCCCUAUUAGUUAAUAUUUCUAGGCUUGUUAAGCUUUGUGUGCUCACAUGGGGCACACGCAGUUUUGUGGUGAGAUUGUUUUUAUCAAGCACUGUUUCCAAAAGCCAAGAGUUAAUGUUUGAUCUCAAUCUGUUGUGCUCUGAAAUAACAUGUUCAAAUGUUCAAAUCUUUGUCUUUGUGCUAAAACAAUGGUGUUGGAAACAUAUUUUAAAUCAUGCAGACUCUCAUCUUUAAUACUGUGUGAAACUGUUUUUAAGCAGUGUUGCUGAAAUAUUGAUCUAUAUACAUUACAUGCAUUAUAUGCAUUUUAUAUCAGUAGCUUUCUGGUAGAUCAACUACACUCAUUUUUAGAUAGUGAUGAUGAGGUAAAUUACUUUUAUUCCAUUUUUUGUGCAGUCAACUAUUGAAAUUACAAGUCAUUUUAGGCCAUAAAAGAAAAGGAAUGAUUUUUAAAAAAAAUGUCUACAAUUUGUUUUUACUGUAAUUGAACCCCCUUUUUCUUCUUUUUUCUUUUUUUCUUUUUCUUUCAACCAGUGCUUAGUUGGUCAAACAGUUUUAAAAUGUUUUUUUAGUGUUUUUUUUAAUAUAUUGUUUUUAAUUAAUGUUUUAUAUAUGACCUGUGACCAAGUGGGAACUUUUGAAAUAACCUCAAUUCAUUUUUGCUGGCAUGUGACUUUUUUGUAAAAUCUUUCAUUAAAAUGUCAUAUCUCA